AUGAACUCAUCGUCCUCACCACUUUCCCGAGUGCGUCAGUGGGCCUCGCCGUCCCUGAAGCACAAGGGCGCCUCUCCUGCCGCGAGCAAAACCCCGCUCCUCGCAUCUUUCGAGGGAAACGAUGAUGAGCUAGAGCGGCGUCAGAGGCGCAGAUCCCGGGUCAUUGACCUGCAAGCUGCCGCUGACUCCUCAUUUAAUGAAUCUGCCUCUCAUAGGUAGGCCAAGCCCUCCCUUUGCCAGUAAUCUCCUCUACUACAUCUUGACAGGUGUUCUAUUGAUUUAGACCUUCGUAAGAGACAAUCCUUGUGUUUGUGUUCAGCAACACGGGGACCCCUGCUGCUGUGCCUAAGCUGUCAAAUGCACAGAUCUCAGAGCAUUACUCCACCUGCAUCAAGCUCUCCACUGAAAAUGUAAGCGGCAUGUGCAUGCAUACACUAUCAUUAACAGGCACUUUUCUAAGAGGGGCAGAAUACAUGUGAAGGAAAUGUUGAUGCGGUUCCUCAUCAUUGCUUAUGGCAUCAAUCCCUGGUCCUAUCACACCUAGAGUACUGUCCAGUUAUAUGGUCAUCUGCAGCAAAUAAAGAUAUAAAAAAGCUCAAAAUCGCUCAAAACAGGGCUGCCAGAUUAGCUAUUCAUUGCUCUAUCCUUUUGAAUAUUAUCCAAAUGCAUCAGAAUUUCUCAUGGCUAUUUGAAAAAUCUCAAAUAUAUUUUUAUUUGUUUAACACUUUUUUGGUUAUUACAUGAUUCCAUAUGUGUUAUUUCAUAGUUUUGAUGUCUUCACUAUUAUUCUACAAUGUAAAGAAAAUAGUAAAAAUAAAGAAAAACCCAUGAUUGAGUAGGUGUUUCCAAACCUUUGACUGGUACUGUAAGUUUUCACACCCCUGAGUCAGUACAUGUUAGAAUAAUCAGCAAUUACAGCUGUGAGUCUUUCUGGAUGAGUCACUAAGAACUUUGCACACCUGGAUUGCACAAUAUUCUUUUAAAAAUUAUUCCAGCUCUGUUCCUCUAGGAUAUUGCCUGUGCUUAGUACUUCUGUUUCUUUUUAUCCUAAAAAACUGCAGACACCACCAUGCUUGAAAAUAUGAAGAGUGGUACUCAGUGACGUGUUGUGUUCGAGUUGCCCAUAACAUAACGCUUUAUAUUCAGGACAUAAAGAUAAUUUCUUUGCCACUUUUUUUGCAGUUUAACUUUAGCGCCGUGUUUCAAACAGGAUGCAUGUUUUGGAAUAUUUUUUAUUCGGUACAGGCUUCCUUCUUUUCACUUUGUCAAUUAGGUUAGUAUUGCGGAGUAACUACAAUGUUGUUGAUCCAUCCUCAGUUUUCUCCUAUCACAGCCAUUAAACUAUGUAACUGUUUUAAAGUCACUAUUGGCCUCAUGGUGAAAUCCCUGAGCGGUUUCCUUCCUCUGAGUUAGGAAGGACGUCUGUGUCUUUGUAGUGAUUGGGUGUAUUGAUACACCAUCCAAAGUGUAAUUAAUAACUUCACCAUGCUCAAAGGGAUAUUCAAUGUCUGCUUUUUUUAACUAAUCUUCCAAUAGGUGCCCCUCUUUGCGAGGCAUUGGAAACCUCCCUGGUCUUUGUGGUUGAAUCUGUGUUUGAAAUUCACUGCUCGGUUGAGGGACCUUACAGUUAUCUGUGUGUGUGGGGUACAGAGAUUGAGGUAGUCAUUCAAAAAUCAUGUUAAACACUAUUAUUGUCCAUGCAACUUAUCAUGUGACUGGUUAAGCAAAUUCUUACUCCUGAACUUAUUUUGGCAUGCCAUAACAAAGGGGUUGAAUACUUAUUAACUCAAGAAAUUUAAGCUUUAAUGUUUUUAUUAAUUAGUAAAAAUAAAAACAUAAUUCCACUUUGAUAUUAUGGGGUAUUGUCUGUAGGCCAGUGACACACAAUCUCAAUUUAAUCCAUUUUAAAUACAGGCUGUAACAGAACAAAAUGUGGGAAAAGUCAAGGGGUGUGAAUACUUUCUGAAGGUACUGUCUCCAACCAUGCAAGUUAUUGGAAACUGGUGCCUCAGAUUCACAAAGCCUUGUCCUAUUUUUGUAGAAAAUUACCACCAAAAAUGCCUUUGGUCUCCACCUGAUUGACUACAUGGCUGACAUCCUCAAACAGAAGGAUUCUGAGCUCACAAAUUUCAAGGUAUGGCUUUAUACAUAUUAAUGAUUCCUUUAUUGUAGUUUCUGUUUCUUAUGUCUCUUUAAAUUUCCUCAUCACAAAAGACACACUUCAGAUUUGCGCUACUUAAUUUUUUUAUUUUUUUUUAUUUCACCUUUAUUUAACCAGGUAAGCCAGUUGAGAACAAGUUCUCAUUUACAACUGCGACCUGACCAAGAUAAAGCAAAGCAGUGCGAUAAAAACAACAACACAGAGUUACAUAUGGGGUAAAAAAAACAUAAAGUCAAAAAAUACAACAGAAAAUAUAUAUACAGUGUGUGCAAAUGUAGCAAGUUAUGGAGGUAAGGCAAUAAAUAGGCUAUAGUGCAAAAUAAUUACAAUUAGUAUUAACACUGGAAUGCUAGAUGUGCAAGAGAUUAUGUGCAAAUAGAGAUACUGGGGUGCAAAAGAGCAAAAUAAAUAACAAUAUAGGGAUGAGGUAGUUGGGUGGGCUAAUUUCAGAUGGGCUGUGUACAUGUGCAGUGAUCGGUAAGGUGCUCUGACAACUGAUGCUUAAAGUUAGUGAGGGAGAUAAGAGUCUCCAGCUUCAGAGAUUUUUGCAAUUCGUUCCAGUCAUUGGCAGCAGAGAACUGGAAGGAAUGGCGGCCAAAGGAGGUGUUGGCUUUGGGAAUGACCAGUGAGAUAUACCUGCUGGAGCGCAGACUACGGGUGGGUGCUGCUAUGGUGACCAAUGAGCUAAGAUAAGGCGAGGAUUUGCCUAGCAGUGAUUUAUAGAUGGCCUGGAGCCAGUGGGUUUGACGACAAACAUGUAGUGAGGACCAGCCAACAAGAGCGUACAGGUCACAGUGGUGGGUAGCGUAUGGGGCUUUGGAGACAAAACGGAUGGCACUGUGAUAGACUACAUCCAAUUUGCUGAGUAGAGUGUUGGAGGCUAUUUUGUAAAUGACAUCGCCGAAGUCAAGGAUCGGUAGGAUAGUCAGUUUUACGAGGGCAUGUUUGGCAGCAUGAGUGAAGGAGGCUUUGUUGCGAAAUAGGAAGCCGAUUUAACUUUGGAUUGGAGAUUCUUAAUGUGAGUCUGGAAGGAGAGUUUACAGUCUAACCAGACACCUAGGUAUUUGUAGUUGUCCACAUACUCUAGGUCAGACCCGUCGAGAGUGGUGAUUCUAGUCGGGUGGGCGGGUGCCAGCAGCGUUCGAUUGAAGAGCAUGCAUUUAGUUUUACUAGUGUUUAAGAGCAGUUGGAGGCUACUGAAGGAGUGUUGUAUGGCAUUGAAGCUCGUUUGGAGGUUUGUUAACACAGUGUCCAAUGAAGGGCCAGAUGUAUACAAGAUGGUGUCGUCUGCGUAGAGGUGGAUCCGAGAGUCACCAGCAGCAAGAGCGACAUCAUUGAUAUACACGGAGAAAAGAGUCGGCCCAAUAAUUGAACCCUGUGGCACCCCCAUAGAGACUGCCAUAGGUCCAGACAACAGGCUAGUUUUAGAUAGAAAGGGUCCAGAUUGUCUAGCCCAGCUGAUUUGUAGGGGUCCAGAUUUUGCAGCUCUUUCUGAACAUCAGCUGUCUGAAUUUGUGUGAAGGAGAAGCGGGGGGGGGGGGCAUGGGCACGUUGCAGCGGAGGGUGCAGAGUUGGUGGCCGGGGUAGUGGUAGCCAGGUGGAAAGCAUGGCCAGCCGUAGCAAAAUGCUUGUUGAAAUUCUCGAUUAUUGUAGAUUUAUCGGUGGUGAUAGUGUUUCCUAGCCUCAGUGCAGUGGGCAGCUGGGAGGAAGUGCUCUUAUUCUCCAUGGACUUUACAGUGUCCCAAAACCUUUUGGAGUUAGUGCUACAGGAUGCACAUUUAUGUUUGAAAAAGUUAGCCUUUGCUUUCCUGACUGCUUGUGUAUAUUGGUUCCUAACUUCCCUGAAAAGUUGCAUAUCGCGGGGGCUAUUUGAUGCUAAUGCAGUACGCCACAGGAUGUUUUUGUGCUGGUCAAGGGCAGUCAAGUCUGAGGAGAACCAGGGGCUAUAUCUGUUCUUAGUUCUGUAUUUUUUUGAAGAGAUUAAAGUAUAAUCUACUAAUGAAGAAGUUUGUAGCCCAACCACUUAAGAUAUGCAUUGUUUUUAUAGGCUUAUUCCUAACUAAUGGAGUAUAUUGAUGACAGACUGGUCAUUUCACUUUACGGGCCUAGCGUCUGUUGGCUGUAUGAGAAAGUGACCAUCUAAUAAUGUGUCUUUCUCUGUCCCUGCCAAGGUGGCAGCGGGUACCUUGGACGCCAGCACCAAGAUAUACGCAGUCCGAGUGGAUGCUGUCCAUGCUGAUGCCUACAGAGUACUGGGAGGACUGGGUGCUGAGACUAAGCCUGGGGAAGGUGAGAGCCUCUUAACUAUAACGUCAGUACACUGUCUGUGUGUCCCAAAUGGAAAACGAUUCCCUUUAUAGUGCACUACAUUUGACCAUGGUCCAUAGGGUAGUGCACUAUAUAGGGAAUAUGGUGCCAUACUGUGACUUGCUCUGUCAUAAAAAAAUAGACUGUUGUCAAUAAAGGAUCAUCAGGCUCUGACCCUUUCCUGUGUGUGUGUGUGUGUGUAGAGCAUGGAGCAGGCGAUGGGGGAGAGAUGGAGGAGGGGGCUACAGGAGAGCUGGCUGCCAAGCAGGUGGUGAAGAAGAAGAGGCCUCCCAAGAAGACUGUGGAGCAGAACCUAAGCAACAUCAACAGCUCUGAGGCAGAGAGGAAGUGUGAGGUAAGUGAUGGUUUUCCUGCUCCAGGAAUAGCCUGAGGUAAAGGACCAGGCUAUGCCUGUGUGGUUUGUUGUGGAGUCACCUGGAAAUCUUUGAGACUAUAGAUGGAAUUGGUGAGGAAAGCCUGAGGACUUAUUAUCAAAUUUACUGAGAGUAUGGAUCCAGACAGGAUUGUGAAAGUUCCUAUAACGCUCACACAUGGUAAGCUCAUUAUCAUCCCACCCCUCCAACUCCAGGUGGACCCCAUGUUCCAGCGCAUGGCGUCGUCCUUCGAUGAGAGCAGCACAGCAGGCGUCUUCCUGUCAGUGCUGUUCAGUGAAGACAGUCGAUGUGAGCUGCUCUUCCCCUCCCACAUGACCCUGCUGCACUCCACACCCUCCUGCUCCCAGUCUCCUCCG